ACAUGACGCGCAUGACGAUGUUUGGCUAUUUAAUGGGAAUUUCUAAAGGCUCUCUCUUUUCAUGUGACCAAUUGUUAAUGAUUCCUAAAAAGCUACAGUUUAGUAACAUCUUAACAAGUAGGAAAAGCUUACGGGUUCCGAGCUUUUAAAUAUGGGCUCUCUGUGCAGCGCUUGUUGUGGUAACCAAGACGAUGAUAUAUUUGAGAAUGAGGAAACCGAUAAAACUAAUCUCUUGGGAAAUCCAGUGGGAGAAUCAUCUAGGUCAGGCAGCCAAAGCAUAUCUAACAAACAUUCCACACCAAAUGUUACUGAUCAGCAGGCAAAGCUAAAUCAAAUUUUGCAAAAAACAGCCAACAGUUACAUAGAUGUACCAGCUCUCAAUUCACCUGUGGAUCAACCAACAGAGAAAACUAAAGUUUAUGAAGGCAAAGUCCAGGCAGCUUUGAAGAAAAGGCCGUGUACAGAAAGGACAUCACUGCUAGAGGAUAAUCCUCAUUUAGAAAGAACAUUAUCUGAAGAACCACUUCUUGAAAGUGAUAAGAAAAUGGUUAAAGAAGCUAAUUCCUUGAUUGUUGCUGCUCUUCAAUGCAUACAGGUUGAAAAUACAGAGAAUUUAGUAAUACCGUUCAACACACCAAAGGAUCAAAAAUGAAAAUGUAUAUUUAUGUUAAGUCUUAGAGCACUAAUUUGUGUAGCUAAUUAUGAAUUUUGGAAGCAUUUUUGUAUCUUAUUUCUUGUAAAUAUUUAAUUCUAUAUAUACAUACAUUUUCUGAAAACUAAUUUUUAAAUAUACUUUUUUCCAUAGUUAGA